CAACACUGGCUCAUCUUCACGUUCUGGUUCUCAGCUGGGAGACCCAGACUAGCCGUUAAUUUUCUAGUCUAGGCUGCGGCUUCCACUCUGUAAAAGGGACGGACCCCAACCUGGUGGGAUUUGCUAUGUCUUCUAAACCCGGGCAGUGUGGGGAUCCAUCUAGGGUUGGUUGCUUCUGCCCUCUGGGUCUUUAGCAGUGAUAGUGAGGGUGGUGGCUUCCUGGUCCCUGGGGGACUCCAGUGGACCUGUGCCCUACAGAGAACAAAGGAGAGCACCGUCCCACGCGGGAAGAGAAGGGCAGGUGUGUUUCAGAGGUCGCACGUGUCUGUCUCGUCGUGUGUGUUCAGUUGGAGCGUCUGCUAGAGUGUAUGGUGUUGAGAAAUCUGGAGUACCGUGUCUGGUGACCGAUUCCUGCCCGGUGGCCCACAUCACAGACUUGAGAGUAAGAGCAGCGGCGCCUGCAGUCUCGGCCUCAGGAUCUGUCACACAAGGAGGUGGGAAGAUGCUUGGCUUGAUCUGAUUUGUAUAUUGGCUUUUAUUGUUGUGAUAAAAUACACAUAACAGAAUGUAUCAUGCUAACCCUGAGUGUGUCAUUCAUUGGCAUUAAGCACACUCCAGGGCUGUUUAUAUCGAGAACAUUUUCAUUGUCUCAAACUGAAAUCCUGUACCCGUGCCAAAUACUCCCUGUUCCCUCCUUCCCAGCCCCGUGUAGCCACCAUUCUAUUUUCUGUCUCAUUGGGCUGCUCUCAGUACCGCGGCAGAAUUACAGCACGUGUUCCUCUGUGUCUGUUUUCAAGGUUGUAUGCAGUCCUUUCCAAAGGCAGCAUGACACUCCACUGUGUGUACAGACGACACGUUGUUGGGCUGUUGGGAACAAUGCUGCUGUGGACCUGGAACUCAACAAAAAUCCCGUGGAAGGCUUUUCAGCAGGUUUAAUAGAUGACAAUGAUCUCUACCGGUGGGAAGUCCUUAUCAUCGGUCCCCCUGACACACUCUAUGAAGGUGGUGUUUUUAAGGCUCAUCUCACUUUCCCAAAAGAUUAUCCCCUCCGGCCUCCUAAAAUGAAGUUCAUUACAGAAAUCUGGCACCCAAAUGUUGAUAAGAACGGUGAUGUAUGCAUUUCCAUUCUUCAUGAGCCCGGGGAAGAUAAAUAUGGAUAUGAAAAGCCAGAGGAGCGCUGGCUGCCCAUCCACACUGUGGAAACCAUCAUGAUCAGUGUCAUUUCCAUGCUGGCAGACCCUAACGGAGACUCGCCGGCCAACGUUGAUGCUGCGAAAGAAUGGAGGGAAGACAGAAAUGGAGAAUUCAAAAGGAAAGUUGCCCGCUGUGUAAGAAAAAGCCAAGAGACUGCUUUUGAGUGACAUUUGUUCAACAGCUGUAACUUCAUUAUUUCAGGGUCUCCAGUUGAGAAACAUGGCACUGUUUUCCCUGCACUCUACCCACCUAUGGCUGGACUUCUCUUGUAACGAGUUGGCGGACACUGGCUGGAGCUGGGCUGCAAUAGAACAUGCCAGUGUCAGUGCUGACAAGAGCCUAACAAGUGCCAACUUACAGAGGAUUACGCAUUUUGAAUUCUAACGAACUGUUUUACCCUUCAGGAAGAAUUGUAAAGACCUGUACAUAGCACAACAUGAUCGGAUAAUAUAUAUACUGUUCACGUACGUCCACAGUACACCUUGUACCAAAUAAUGCUUUCUUGUAGUGGGGUAAGAAUCGUGUAAAUUCUAAAAGAUUUUAGCAGCUUUUCUUUCCCUAUUCAUUGUUUCUUAUCAGUUUUAAAAGACUCCGUAAAGCAUGUCAGAUGAAAACAAUUAGGAUUAAAAGUUUCCAUUUAAUUUCCUUUAAACCAUUGAGGCUUCAUUAAACUCUUUUCACUUACUAAACUUUUGUAUCUUCUUUGUUUUGACACACUCCCCUUUGCUUCUCUCUCUUCUCUGCCAGAACGUUUUCAAAUCACUUAGUUCCAGUACUGAGAUACUUACUAAGCAACGACUUGACUUUUAACGAUGACUUCAGAGGAGCGGUCAUCACUAGGUGCUUGUCGCUUUGUACUCUCGCUGCACCACCUCUUGGAUCCGGUGUAGCAGUACCACAUUUUGGUGUGCUGUUGAGAGCUCUUGAACUCAGUCAUUAUCCCUGAGAACUAAAAAGAGUUGGUUCAGAAUUCAACUUACUGAAAUUUGCCCCAGACAGUACAAAAUUCUGGUUUGGUUUUGCUUUUGCCUUCCCGUUCGUUCCUGGGCGUUCAGGUCGGAUGGAUUCGUGUGCACAGCUGCAGGCUUUCUGCUUAACUUUGUGGGUUUGCUCUUACAGACGCUGUCGACCCCCCACCACUUUCUCCGUGGCCCUCCGUAUUUCUUUGCCUCUAUUCUUCUAUAUUGCAGAUUUUUCUCACUUAUUGUACAAAGAAAUUGCGAUGUAUAUUUUCAUGUAAUUUGAUUUUGGAAUUCUGUCACCUUAUGUAGUGAGUUCUUCCAAAAUAUAAUUUUUUUCCAAUAAUUGUCAAGUUGUUGGCUUUUAUUGUAUUGAAUGAAGGUUAUAAUACUGAAUGCCAGAGAAGUGCAGUUUAGAAAAAUCUCAGGUUGAUUCCUUAUGCAAACAGACUUAAUACUUGAAAAUCCCAUGGCCAUGGCAGUGUAUGUUAUCGGGCUCUAUCUAGGUUCUUAUGUGGAUCUCAAAGCAUUACAAGGGUGUGAAUGCUUUGCUGUUUGGCAUAUAGAUUCUGUCACUGACAUAGUGCACUUGGAUUUUAUUAACGUUUGAGCAUAAGCAUAUUUCAUAUCAUGUUUUCUAAAACAGCUUCAGGAAAUGAUGAAGUGAACGUGUGCAGUGUUAACGGCAGGCCCAGGUUCCCCUAUGUUUGUUGGGUGUGAGGUUGGGAUUGGGAAGCAGUCGUUGGCGUGUAAGGGACAGAAACGGAGACAGUACCAGAUGGGACACAGUUCCAUGAGAGCCGGUGCAUCUCUGCUCUGUGGGGCUUGGAGAGACGGCUUUGGCAGAGAGCGAAAGGGUCCCUACAAGUAGCCCAUCCUUGUGGACUCUGCAUGUCCUUCUUUAAGCAGAAGUAAAAUGGUUGAGGAUGUAGACACAGUAGAGAGUGAUUUUUCUAAAUCCCUGUCUGUUCUUCACUCUGAAGCAUUAUAAAAACCCAUAAAUGUGUAAUGACUGAAUGUGAAAAUUGUUUGAUUUGAUUCAUUGCAGCUGAUUUUCUUCAAGAACUUCAUUUGUGACUUUUUUUUUUUUUCAAUUCAAAGACUGUAAAAUUUGUUGCCCCAAAGUGCUGGUACUGCACACCCGCCUGGGAUUUGAAUGCAAUCCCUUUUACUUUUAAAUCAGAAACUGUUCACAUGGUUGCUGGUGGCAGAACGGAGUCUGAAUUUUGCUCUCCUCUUGCUGUGAUUCUGCUAGUGAUCUGUUGAGUUAAAACCUGGGAUUUGACUCUUCAGGGAGCAGCAAAUGACCUACUAACUCAGGGACAACUCUUACUGAACUCUAAGUGCCACUUUCAUGCAGGUACUUUGGUGUAACCAUGUGUGUUUUGGGGCUAGAUCUAGGGGAGUCGAAGGGAGAGCCAGGAACCAGUGCCCCUCCCUUCACGCUCCUUUCCACCUGGCGCCCUGGCGUGCUGCAUGUGGACACACAGGCCUUGGGAGGUGGUGUGACCUGUUCUCCUCUGCCAGGGGCGUCACCUGUGCCUUUCCCCGUGUUCAUCUGACAGUGUGAACUUCACGCCUCCACGUUUGAUACUAAACCCCUCUCAGGUGACACUGAUCCAGGUGGCUUUUGUCCCACCAGUGCCUCAUCACUAGUGUGAGGUGAGUCCUCUCUGCUUUAGGAAAAGGAUUUUUCUCCCUAACUCUGUGCCAACUACCAACAUCUACGCAGUCUUACGGGUUUUAGAACUGUUGGCUGUUUCCUAAAUUGAUUCCAAGUUCUUGUAAAGGCUUAUAGAUUUCAGUCUGUGCUCAUAAUGGGAUGGAUGAUCUCAGUGGCUUUCAGGCCUCUCUUCUGUGAGUUUAAAAUCCACGUGAGAUUGGCUUCCUUGUCAUCUGUGAGGCGAUUCCACUCGUUCUCUGAUCACUUGGGUGUCCUGGUAUCUUCAAUGGCCUUCAUUCUCGGUUGUGAAAUUUUAUUCUCUAUGCUCACUUACCUUCUACAAACCUGCACAUUUUGGGUUGUGGUGCCUGUGUAUCUAUUUUUGCCGUCUGGUCUCCAGUUGGUGGAAUUACCUUCUUUGUACCUGCCCCUUCUCAGCAUCUUUGAAAUUUGACAUAAUGUUGCUUCGUUCCAGCUUUUUUUAGUUCUGUAACUUGUUGAUUGUAUUACUAUGUGAGUUCUGUUGUGAUGUUUGCUGUAUUGUAAAGCACCUCCAUCAUGUGGUGAGUGCUCUGUAAAUCAAUAAAUGAUGACUUAGAGGCUGUA